CGCGUGUGUCAGGACCGUAGAUAAACCGACAGUUGAUUUUGAGUCCGUUUCUUAUUUUUUUCGAGAGGGAUUUUCUUUUACUUUGGAAGUUAUGUUCCAGAUGUGAGGGUCCACAGCUAGAGUCUUUUCAUGAUGGCAUCUAGAGAUGAAGCCCAGCAUGUGGUGGAAUGUGACCUGUGUCAGCAACCAGUCUCGUUUUUCUGCAGACGAUGCGGGGUAAAUCUCUGUGACCCCUGUGUCCUUAUACAUCUACGCGUGAAAUCUAAAAACGGCCAUGACAUUGUUGAUUACACCAGUAAGGAUGAUGACGACACAUGCCACUGUGACUCCCAUACCCAAAACGCUUGUUCUGCAUACUGCAAAACUUGUGAAGCUCCAAUAUGCAUGCUUUGCGUUACUAUUAAACACAAAUCGCACGAAAUAUCCGAGCUGUCCGACAAAAUUGAGGAACUUUUGAAAGUGAUUGCUACGGAAAAUGAUCGACUUCAGUCAUUCAGACAUGAAUUAGAAAGAAUUUUGGAUCACACGACGAAGCUGUUGUCCUCGAUAUCCUCGAUUUACAAACUUAGGAAAGAUGAAGUUACAGCCCGGGGAGAAGAGUGGAUCAAACUGAUCGAGAAGACCGUGAAGAAACUUCACCAGGAGCUGGAUGACAUGCACAAGGAACACGAGGCUGUACUACAGAAACAAAAGAGAAAGUUUGAAGAAAUGAUUAGAAGAAUGGAUGAUAUGAACGGGAAAACAGUAGAAUUUCAGAAAUCAAAGAAUGUCACAGAAAUGCAGACUUUUGUACCAGUGAUUCAGAAACAGGAGAGUUUAAGUGAUGUCUCACAGUAUUCGUUUCCGAAAUUAUACGCAUAUAAAAUAGAUGAAUAUUUGGAAAAUCAAUUAAAAGAAAAGGAGUUACCGGGUGGAAUAAUAUCAGCGAUACCAACAGUUACUUCUGUUAUAGACACUGGGUUCCCUGCUGAUGAAGAGUAUAAAACUCGUCUGUAUGACAUGGCCGUUACCGACGAUAACAAAGUGUGGAUGGGAGGAGCGAGCGGAGAACUGAAGUUGUUUGAUCUCCAGGGAAACCUCCACCACACCGUCAACAUUACUACCCACGGCAUGUACUUAUGUACGUACAACAAACAAGUAGUGUACAGUGGAACUCAAGCCGUGAGAAUGAUAUCUGACACCGACACUGUGGUGACGAUGUUCACUACCGGGGACUGGGAGCCAUACGGCGUCACAAGCACCGCGUCCGGUGAUCUACUGGUCUGUCUCCGUAAAGACGAUCAGACCAAAGUCGUCCGAUACAGCAGUACCGGUACCGUGCUCCAUGAAAUCCAGUACGACUCGCAGUGUCAACUUCUGUACAAAUGGGCGGUUUACAUUACUGAGAAUGUUAACAGGGACAUCAUUGUAACUGAUUGGGAGAAAAAUGCAGUCAUUGCUGUCGAUAGAUUGGGCAUAUUCCGGUAUUCGUACUCGGAUAAGGACACUAAAUUUGCCGUUUCUUCAGUAACCACUGAUUCUGUCGGUCACGUCGUCGUUACAGAUUUUGGCGGUAACAAGAUUCAUAUGCUGGACAGAGACGGGCGAUUCCUGAGGUACAUAAUUCCUGAAGGAGGAAUAAAUAAUCCACGCGCCGUGUGUAUCCUUGGUCACGGUGAGAUGAUGGUGGGAGAGUGUCUGACGGGGAUCGCCAAAAGAAUCAAAUACUUAGAAGAAUAAAGAUACAUCAGUUGUAUUAAUCAUUGUUAAAAUGGAAAUGGUUAUUGGAUACUUACAAACAAAUAGAGACAAAUCGUUUAAUGUUUUAAAGUGGCUCUGAAAUAAACCAUAAUCAACUGGAUGUAAAAUAUUAGAAAGUACCUACUGUCUGUACGCGGUAUAUCUUUUAGAUUGAAAUGUUGUGUGAUUUAAUAUUCCUUUAUCUAUGUUACCUUUUAUUAUUUUCUGCAUACAAAUUUUGCUUACAAUAACCCAAUCUGAGUCAGUAAAAAUGUCUUCUUAAUACUAUACAUGUAAAUCAGCAUUUAUUGUUAUACUAAUUCAAAUGAUUAGCGCCUAUCUACUUACGUGAUUAAAUACUAUCGUAUACGAGGAAAAUUUGGCCAUUUUUGACGUACUGCAAUAUAUUGUUUCAGAUAGUUGCAAAUGAGAAAAUAUUGCCUUCUUUUGUAGAGAUACUUUGUAAAUAGUAGAUGUAUUUUUUUUAAAAUUAUUUUUAAUAUUUAUUAAAUUUUGAGUAAUCUUGUAUACAAUAUAUGCACAGGUGCUCGAUUAUCGGAUAUUGUAGUUUUUAAUUAUUUGCUUGGGGACAAAAAUUAAAAUUGGUAAUCAUAUCUUAUAUAUAUGUUUCUAUAUAUGGCAAUGCUACAGUAAUUUAGCCUUUAAAAACAUAAGAGUGUCAUUAUACUUUAGCGACUAUUUAGAUUGGACUAUAUAUUUAUAAAUAACGAGCGUCAAAGGGACCCACGGGUGAUGGAGACAGGAACGACGCGUAAUCAACCGUGGGUUUCCGAUGAUGCUCAUAAGAUUAAAAAAAAACUGUUAUUGUUAACAAAUAUGAAGAUUGCGGAAUGAAAAUGGUAAAUCUAAUGUCUUUAUAUACAUGUAACCUCUUGGAAAUUAUUGUGGAUAAGAUACAUCAUGUCUACAGAUAGCACUGAUAAAACGUUCUAUUUCAAAGUUCAAUUUCAAUAAAUUAAAUUUAUAAACUAUGGAAUUGAAUACAUUCAUUUACUUUAUUUCUUAAAGCAGUGAAAACCUUUCUUUGGAAAAUCGUUUCAGGUCUAUUAAGUCCAUAAUUGUACUGAGCGGUCUGAUGUUGCUGCCGAUUAGCCCA